GAGGAGGAAGCGGCGAGCCGGGCGGCGGGGAGAACCGGGGACCCGUGAUAACCAAACAGGAGGAGAAGGCUGCGGAGAAACACGAGGUGGGAGGAGGAGAAGGGGUUGGAGGACUUGGCCACCUGCCCAGGUAGGCGGCGGCCUCGGCCUCCCCUAGGCGACAGACCUUGGCUACUCCAGGCUGGACCGCGGCUUCGCACCAGCGGCGGCUGCAGAGCGCUGACCCGCUUGGCCCCCCGCGCGCCGGACCGGACUCCGGCGAGCACAAGCGCGCGCCCGGGGCUCAGGGAGCGCGGCCGGCAGCGGGGCCGAGCCGGGAGCUCCGCCCCUCGGCUGCGCACCUCAUCUGGCGGUUCGGCGAACCCCAGUACUGCCACUGUGCGCGCCCCCGAAGCGAUGCAGAGUCCCAGAGCCUCUGAAAUGCGGUACUCCUCUACAUACCUCCCGGAACUCUGAAGGGGUGCAGACAUGGCGGUCAACGCGGCCGACAACGCCAACCACCUGCCCUACUUCUUCGGCAACAUCACCCGGGAAGAGGCUGAAGACUACCUGGUCCAGGGAGGCAUGACAGAUGGGCUCUACCUGCUGCGCCAGAGUCGCAAUUACCUGGGUGGUUUUGCUUUGUCGGUGGCACACAACAGGAAGGCGCACCACUACACCAUCGAGAGGGAACUUAAUGGUACCUAUGCCAUCUCCGGUGGCAGGACCCACAUCAGCCCGGCAGACCUCUGCCAUUACCACUCCCAGGAAACCGAUGGCCUCAUCUGCCUCCUCAAGAAGCCCUUCAAUCGGCCCCAGGGGGUACAACCCAAGACCGGACCUUUUGAGGACCUGAAGGAGAACCUCAUCAGGGAAUAUGUGAAACAGACCUGGAACCUUCAGGGCCAGGCUCUGGAGCAAGCUAUCAUCAGCCAGAAGCCCCAACUGGAGAAGCUGAUCGCCACCACAGCCCAUGAGAAGAUGCCCUGGUUCCAUGGCAACAUCUCCAGAGAUGAAUCGGAGCAGACAGUCCUCAUAGGAUCAAAGAUCAAUGGAAAAUUCCUGAUCAGGGCCAGAGACAACAAUGGCUCCUACGCUUUGUGCCUGCUGCAUGAGGGGAAGGUGCUGCACUACCGGAUCGACAGGGACAAGACGGGGAAGCUCUCCAUCCCUGAGGGGAAGAAGUUCGACACCCUCUGGCAGCUAGUGGAACAUUACUCUUACAAGCCGGACGGACUGUUAAGAGUCCUCACUGUACCAUGCCAAAAGAUUGGCGAACAGAUGGGUCACCCACAGAGUUCAAAUGCCCACCCUGUGAGUUGGUCACCAGGUGGAAUAAUCUCAAGAAUCAAAUCCUACUCCUUCCCAAAGCCUGGCAGAAAGCCUGUCCCGCCGCCUGGGAGCCGUCCAGAGAGUACUGUGUCCUUCAACCCCUAUGAGCCAACAGGAGGGGCCUGGGCCCCGGACAGAGGCCUUCAGCGAGAAGCCCUGCCCAUGGACACGGAGGUGUAUGAGAGCCCUUACGCUGACCCUGAGGAGAUCCGGCCCAAAGAGGUCUACCUAGACAGAAGCCUGCUGAAGCUGGAGGACAGUGAACUGGGCUCUGGUAACUUCGGGACCGUGAAAAAGGGAUACUACCAAAUGAAAAAAGUUGUGAAAACAGUGGCUGUGAAAAUCCUGAAGAAUGAGGCCAACGACCCCGCCCUGAAGGAUGAGCUGUUGGCAGAGGCCAACGUCAUGCAGCAGCUGGACAACCCCUACAUUGUGCGCAUGAUCGGGAUCUGCGAGGCCGAGUCCUGGAUGCUGGUGAUGGAGAUGGCGGAGCUGGGGCCCCUCAACAAGUACCUGCAGCAGAACAGGCACAUCAAGGAUAAGAACAUCAUUGAGUUGGUUCACCAGGUUUCCAUGGGAAUGAAGUAUUUAGAAGAGAGCAAUUUCGUGCACAGAGAUCUAGCUGCGAGGAACGUGCUUCUGGUCACCCAGCAUUAUGCCAAGAUCAGUGAUUUCGGUCUUUCCAAAGCCCUUCGUGCUGAUGAAAACUACUACAAGGCCCAGACCCACGGGAAGUGGCCCGUGAAGUGGUAUGCCCCUGAAUGCAUCAACUACUACAAGUUCUCCAGCAAGAGUGAUGUCUGGAGCUUCGGAGUCCUGAUGUGGGAAGCGUUCUCCUAUGGGCAGAAGCCUUACAGAGGCAUGAAAGGGAGCGAAGUGACCGCCAUGCUGGAGAAAGGGGAACGUAUGGGGUGCCCUCCAGGAUGCCCCAGAGAGAUGUACGACCUGAUGAACCUUUGCUGGACCUAUGAGGUAGAGAACAGACCCGGAUUCACAGCUGUGGAACUGCGGCUUCGCAAUUACUACUAUGAUGUGGUUAACUAACUGCUCGGGUGUCUGUCCUUGGCCACCUUGGAUCCUCAAACGAUCACAGAAACUUCAUUCAGAUGAACUGGCUUUUAGAGUUUCGUCUCCCUCUGCCCAGGGUGAGAGCUAAGUGAUGCUAGGACUCACCCUCACAGUGGGUCUGGUCCAAAACACAGACCAGCAGCAAGACCUCGGGGCCCACGGAUUCAUCUAUCUGUUUUUUGUUUCCAUCUGUGUGGUUUUCAUUAUGGGUCACAUUUGGGAACUGUUUCCAAAUCUUCACAUCAUUACCGUUCCUCCGGGUCCAGGAUCGCACUGUUCUCCUGCAGAUUGGGAAAGUGCUAUGGCACUUAAGCAAAGGAAAUAAAGAGAAAACUCGCCUGUGCAGCUGGCAAGCACGAAGGUGGUUAAGGAGAAUAACAAGCCUGGACACCGUUUCUGCACUCGCGCUGAAGACAGAAACACCGCACGGAUGAGACACGCUGACGUGGCUCCGGAGCCCGCCUUCCUGCAGAAGGACUUGAAGUCUGUCCUUGCAUGCUUGCAGGAGGAGGUGUAAAUAAGCUCUGCAUGGAGGCUGCCAGGGCAGGUGGCUCCCUUGAUCCUCUGCGACUGAGCUGAGCAUGUCAGACCCCCUGCCUUCUGCAGAGGGAGUGCAGCCCAGGAUCUCUUCUGAGUCCGUGAUGGCCUGCGAGUCUGUUAGGUAUUGUUCUCACUGCUCACAAAGACCGGACAGCAAUUGAAGGGAGGAAGGGUCUGUUUGGGCUCCCGGUUGGGAUAGGCCAUCGUGAUUGAAAAGACAUUACAACAGGAAGGAAAGACUUGGUGGCCCGAGCAGGAAGCUAGAAGGUCCCCUGGCAUCCACACUCAGGAAGCAAAGGGUGAAGAGGAACUGGGGUCAGGCUAUAAGGCCUCAGAGCCGCCGCCACCCCAGUGGCCCACAUCCUUCAGCCAGGACCUACCUUCCAGAGGUUCCACAAGCUUCCUAGACAGUGAGUGCCACCAGCCGGGGACCCAGUGUUCAAAUAUGUGAGCCUUGGUGGGGGGAGGGGCAUUUCACAUUUCAAGAACGACAGAAUCUUGAAAUUUUCUGUUGCUCUAACUGAGCACCUUGAAGGGAAUGUACAAAGAAAAGGAAUGUAUCUGUUAGACAUGUGUCCGUCCUUUCUGCUUGGGAGACUGGACCCUCCCCCAGUGCGGUGCAGCACAAGGCAGGGCCUUCCUACAGGGUCAAGCAGUGUGACGUCCUGACAGAGCAGCUGGACCGUCUCAGGUCUGUCCUCCUCUCAUGAAAGCCCUGAUCCCGUCUCAGGGACCCCCUCAGGACCCCACCUCAUCCCCCAAAGACCCCGUCUCCAAACACCAUUCAAGUGACUCUGAAUCUUCAACACAUGGACCCUGGGGGACACGUUCAUACCAGAGCAGAGGGCAACAAGGUAGCCAAGGCCAUCUCCAGAUGAGUUUCUGAAUGGAAUUUUAAUUCACAAUAAAACCAGAGAUUUGAUCUUUACCACAGUA